GCGCCGACACUGGCACAGUUGUUUUCAACUCUUCGCCACGAAUAGUCGCAAGUUUUACUCUGCGUUCCAAUCUCAAUUUAGCAUAUUUGAAAAUCAGGUUUACAGUGACUGAUUGCCGGAGAAAAUAAAAGUGUUAACCAAUAGAUUCAAUCAAAGGCUUCAUAGCGAGAAUCCGUUGAUGUUUUCAAGACGUUGUAUUCCAAAGGGGAAGACAUCCAGCCAUUGAUGGUGAACUAUAAUUCAGCUGACUUGUCCAGUGCAUAAAUCAGUCGUGAGUUUGAUAUCGAGCAGUGAGUGUCCGAAGAGGUGUAGCAUGUGUGUGAAGGAGUUUGCUGAAUAAUAAAAAAUUGGGAACAAUUUCACCUGAUAGAGCCUCGUGUCGCGAAUGAACUACUUGUGAGAAAGUUGAUUGUUGCAGAUAUCACAGUUAUAUAAAUCGUGAAAAUGCUGUCCACGUUGGUCAGAGCUGGUUCCAUGCAGACCAUGGCCCGUCAGUUGGCUCGGUCGGUGGAAACUCCGGUGCAGAUCCAACAUGUCCGGUCCAUCACCAAGAGCAGUGAGGUCAACUCGGACUGCAUGACCAUGCGAGAGCAUCAGACCCAGAAAAUCAGCCGAGACUACAACAGCAAGUUGCAGGUGAAGCUGAAGAAAGUUUCGAGGACCCUAUCCACCCUCAACAACUCGGUGCCGGAAGCGGCCACUCAGACUGCCGUCACCAAAAAUGAUGCCCGUGAAUUCAUGGCCGUCUUUCCCGAUCUAGUCCGCGAUUUGACUGAGUAUUGUAAGAAGUACGACAGCACAUUGGCGUCCAAGUGGUUCGUCAAGGCGCUGCAGUACAACGUGCCACAGGGCAAGAAGAACCGCGGCCUGGCUGCGGUGCUGGCCUAUCGUAUGUUGUCCAAGAGUGAAGACCUGACGCCGGAGAACAUCCGGCGGGCGCACUACUUGGGCUGGAUCAUAGAAAUGUUCCAAUCGGUGUUCCUUAUUUGUGAUGAUGCUAUGGACGGCAGUCAGACUCGCCGUGGUCAGCCAUGUUGGUACAAACUGGAUGACGUUAAACUAGCGGGCAUCAACGAUGCCCUGAUGAUCGACGCAGCAAUAUUUCACGUGCUUAAGAAGCAAUUCGGCGAUGAGCCGUACUACAUGAAGUUGGUGGAAAUUUUCAACGAAAUCAAGUUCAUCACGACCGUCGGGCAAUCGCUGGAUUUGCGAUCCGCUCGGAUGGAUGUCACCAACUACACAAUGGAUUUGUACAAAUCCAUCGUUUGCCUCAAGACUGCCUACUACACGUUCUACCUCCCGGUGGCGCUGGCCAUGCACAUGACUGGUUUCACCGAUCCGGAAGUAUUCCGUCAAACCAAAACGAUCCUGCUGGAGAUUGGUCUUUUCUAUCAGACGCAGGAUGAUUUCCUGGAUUGCUUCGGCGAUCCGGCUGUGACCGGUAAGAUCGGUACCGAUAUCGAGGAAGGCAAGUGCACCUGGCUGUCUGUCGUGGCAAUGCAGCGCGCGUCCGACGAGCAGAAGGAGCUCAUGAAGCAGUGUUAUGGUUCCAGUGAUCCGGAAAAUGUGGCCCGUAUUAAGAAGCUAUACGAAGAGCUGGGUCUCCCAACGACUUACGCGAUCUACGAGGAAGAAUCCUACAAUAUGAUCAAAACUCACAUUCAGCAAAUUUCCCGGGGACUUCCGCACGAGCUUUUCUUCAAAAUUAUGGAGAAGAUUUAUCGCCGGGAUUGUUAGGCGACUAUUAUCAUCCAAUUUUUGCCUGGAUGCGACAACCAGUAAAUGGUUGUGGCACAAUAAUUGUAGCUUUUAAGAACCCUUAUUACCUGUACCGUAUAUAACCAACAUAGCCUCCCCCCCUCCUCUCAGAAGACUGGCCAAAACUUUCAGCCAGUGUGCAUGUUGAUAUAUCUAACAGUAAUGGCUGAGGUUUUCAGAAAAUUUUAGCCAUCAGUUCGUUUACUUAAGCGUUUAUUGUAACAUAACGAACAUUGGUGAUUAUGUGUUUCGCGUUUAGUCAGGAUGAAUUGUGUUUUGGUAUGUUCAAUCCAAGACGUUGAAUCGCAUUUAAAAACUUAUACUAAAUUUUUAUUUCGACUUUUAUCUAAUGUAAUGAUUAAAGCAAUCACUUAUUGAUUUAGAAUAUUAUUAGAAAAUGUUUUUGUACAAUUUAAUUUUGAUCUUUUGAAUAUUGCAUACAAACAGGUAUAAACAUAAAUCAUAAGAACAUUAAACAAUAAUUCGAUAAUGUUUCAUGUAGAAAAGAUCAUCAUUAAUAUUUAAAAUACAGAAAAAAGUAAACUA